AUGAAUCUUCAGCACGAUGGGUUUAGCUGGAGUCACCUCCUUCGAUACUUGAGCUGGGCGGCCGCAUCUUUUCUCGUCGCUCAAGUUGCCCUGUUUCUCUACAGGGCAUUCACCUCGCCAUUGCGUUCGGUGCCAGGACCUUUGCUUGCUCGAUUCGGUAGAAUUUAUUACUUUGUGCGAGUGUCCCUGGGUCGUUGGGAGCGUGAAGAUAUCGCCCUGCAUCGACGCUAUGGGCCUGUCGUCCGGGUUGGAGCAGACCUCUACAGCAUUGACUCACCGGAAGUGAUAAAGAAAGUGUACGGCAUUGGUUCCAAAUUCCCCAAGUCGGAUUGGUACGACGCAUGGAGACAUCCAGAUGUUAACCGACUACACCUCUUUCCUGAUCGCGACAUGAAACGGCAUGCCGAGACACGAAGACGGUUUCAGGCCAUGUACUCGAUGUCUAGCUUGGUUAGCUAUGAAGGAUAUGUGGACGAGUGUGCCGUUAUUUUUCGCCAGAAACUCAAUCAAUUUGCCGAGACUGGUGAGACAAUCGACAUGGCUCACUGGCUACAAUGUUACGCGUUUGAUGUCGUUGGCAAUAUUACAUACUCGACUCGAUUUGGCUUCAUGGAUGAAGGCAAGGAUGUUGCUGGUUUGAUGAAAGCUUUACACGACAUGUUGAAAUAUGGCACGCUGGUGGGCGUUUACGCCUCGUGGCAUCCUUUGGUCUUUGACAUCUUCAGUCGCUUAGGGCUUGGAGGUGCUUCAGGCCGAAAUUAUUUGAUCCAAUAUGUUCAGGACCGUCUGGAGCAGAGAAAGGCCGAUAACAAAGCCAAUGCACUUCAGGGCAUUAGCAAAGGACACGCAACUGACGCACCCAUGGACUUUUUGGAGAAACUCAUGAUUGCGAAUCAAGCGGAUCCGGAAAAGGUAACACCAGGCCACGUCUUUCUGAUUGGCAUGGGCAAUAUUAUCGCUGGUUCAGACACGACGGCAGUUAGUCUCUCGGCGAUUCUAUACAACCUACUCAAAUACCCUAACACGAUGAAAAAGCUACGACGGGAAAUCGAGGAACACUGUUUGAAUCCUGAAAUUUCGUUUAAAGAGAGCCAGAGUAUGCCAUAUCUUCAAGCUGUCAUGAAGGAAGCUUUAAGAAUAUGUCCUGCAACAGGAUUACCACUUUGGCGAGUAGUACCUGAGGGGGAAGGUGUCGAAAUCUGCGGCCACUACUUUCCUCCUGGCACUACCGUUGGCAUCAACACCUGGUGCGCCCACUACAAUGAAGAUGUCUUUGGUCCAGACGCCAAGGAGUUCCGCCCUGAGAGAUGGCUCGAGGCCGAGAAGGAGGGAGGUGAGAGACUUAAGAAUAUGGAAGCCUACUACAUGCCAUUUGGGCUAGGUUCCCGGACUUGCAUAGGUCGGCACAUCUCGACUUUGGAAAUGUCAAAGUUGAUACCCCAGAUUGUGAGGGAUUUUGAUUUCGAGCUCAUCGAUCCCGAAGGUUGGGACACGGAGAACAGUUGGUUUAUCAAGCCUACAAAUUUCCGGGUACAAGUCAAGGUUCGGUCUCAAAGAUGA